CUCUCUCUCUCUCUCCGACUUAUCUUCUUUCUUCUGUUUUCCUUCUCAUUCUUUUUUAUCUCCAGCCGUCUAGUGCCUCCCUCAUCCCUCAGCUCUGUUGGAGCUUGAUUUCUGUGUUUCCGCCAUUUGAGCUAUUCUCUCUCAUCUGAGCUAUUCUUCCUCUCUCUCUUUCUCUCUCUCAAAGCGACACCCACAACAGAACACAACACUUCAGAAGUGAGCGUUGAGCCUAAGCCUUCAACACUUUUGCUGCAUCUACCAGCUGAUCUCUAACCCAAUUUUCAUUUACAACCUCACUCGCUUUCACCUUCCAAGAUUGGCCCGUCAACAGCGUUUCAGUUUACAGAAAGUGACUGAACAUUUUGGUCAUUGAUCCAAUUGCUUCCAUUUCCUUCGAUGGCGACUCAAACAGCCUCCUCCUCCACUUGGAAAUAUGAUGUGUUUCUGAGUUUUUGCGGUGUUGACACCCGUAAGAAUUUCACAGACCAUCUUUAUACAGCUUUGAAACAAAAAGGCAUUGUCACCUUCAGGGAUGAUGAGGAACUUGAGCGUGGAAAAUAUAUUUCUACGGAGCUCUUAAAAGCAAUAGAAGAGUCCAAGUAUGCAAUCAUCGUUCUCUCAAGAAACUAUGCUUCUUCAAGGUGGUGCUUGAUUGAACUGGCAAAGAUUGUCGAAUGCAUGAAAGACAAUGGGUUGAUUGUUUUGCCCGUCUUUUACCAUGUGGAUCCCUCUCAUGUACGGAACCAGAUUGGGACUCUUGCUGAAGCUUUUGCUAAACAUGAGAAAGAUCCCAAGAUUAACAUAAAGGAUGUACAAAAGUGGAAAGAUGCUUUAAAAGAAGUUGGCAAUAUCUCUGGAUGGCAUGUAAAUGACAGCCAUGAAUCAUCAGAUAUCCAACAAAUCCUUCAAAGGAUAUUUAGUGAAUUGAAUUCUAAAUUCUCUAGUAUUUUUCCCAAGGGCCUUGUUGGAAUAGACUCAUGUGUAAAAGAAGUGUUGGAUUCAUAUUUGGAUGAAGGAUCGGGUGGUGUUUGCUUUUUAGGGAUUUGUGGGAUGGGUGGAAUGGGCAAAACAACUCUUGCACAAGAAAUUUACAAAAAUUUUUUUGUUAAAUUUGAAGCUAGUAGCUUUAUUGAUAAUGUAAGAGAAGAAACUAGAAAUCGAGGUCUAGUUUCUUUACAAAAACAACUUAUUUCCAAGAUCCUUAUGGAAAGCGAAAUAAAUAUAUGGAAAAUUUCUGAGGGAAUCAAUGUCAUAGGGAAUAUAGUACGUAAUAAAAAGGUUCUUAUUGUUCUUGAUGAUGUGGAUGGAGAAGAACAACUAGAAGCAUUAGCAGGGAACCAUGAUUGGUUUGGUUCAGGAAGUAGAAUCAUUGUAACAAGUAGAGAUAGCCAUUUAUUGAGAAGAUGUGACAUGAAUUUUAUAUAUACAGUCAAGCAGUUGAAUAACGAUGAUGCUUUGAAGCUUUUUAGUUGGAGUGCUUUCAAGAAACCUGAUCCUAAAGAAAAUUAUAUGGAUUUGUCUCAAGACUUUGUAAAUUACGCUAAUGGCCUUCCUCUGGCUCUUAAAGUUUUUGGUUCUCUGUUAUUUGAUAAAGAAAUAGAUGAAUGGAAUAGUGCUCUGGAUAAACUAAAAGUAGAGUCGGAUAAAAAAAUUUUAGAUAUUCUUAAAAUAAGUUAUGAUGGGUUGACGAAUACGCAGAAAGAAUUAUUUUUGGAUAUUGCAUGUUUUUUCAAAGGAGAGAAGAAAGAUUGCAUAAGAGAUAGACUAAAAAGUUUUGGUUACUAUCCAGAGUACAAUAUUGGUGUUCUUAUAGACAAAUCUCUCAUAACCAUUGAGCUAGACGAAACCAUAAGGAUGCAUGAUUUGCUACAAGAAAUGGGUCAAGAAAUUGUUAGUCAAGAAUCCCCUAAAGAGCUUGGUAGACGUAGAAGGUUGUUGCAUUAUGAGGACAUACUUUUUGUAUUGAAGAAUAAUAUUGGAACAGAGGUAGUUGAAGGCAUCAAACUAAACACACCUAUUGAAAUAGAAGAACACUUGAAUGCUGAAGCCUUCUCAAAGAUGAAAAAAUUGAGAUUGCUUAAAAUUGGUUAUGAGCAACCUCCACAAGACCUCAUUAGAGGUCCUGUCCAACUUCCACAAGGCCUCAAUUAUCUUUCUAAUGAGUUACGUGUAAUAGAUUGGUAUGGAUAUCCUCUAGAAUCCCUGCCAACUACUUUCCAAGCAAACAAACUUGUUGAAUUGACAAUGCAUUGCAGUGACAUCAAACAACUAUGGAAAGGAAUUAUGAUUUUAAAUGAGUUAAAACUCAUUGACCUCAGUGACUCUCAAAACUUAAUUGAGAUCCCGGAUCUUAGUGGAGUCCCAAAUCUUAAGCAACUGAUUCUCCAACGUUGUACAAGACUAUAUAAGAUACAUGCAUCUCUUGGAGAUCUUAAAAGGCUUAUUCGGUUGGAUUUGAAUGGUUGUAAAUGUCUCAAAAGCCUUCCUCACAAGAUCAGCUUGGAAGCUCUUGAAUUUUUCAAUCUUAGUGGUUGUUCAAAACUGAAGAAAUUUCCAGAUAUUGUGGAAAAUAUGCCACGUUUGUCAAAACUUUUUUUGAGUGAGACUGCUAUAAAAGAUCUAUCAUUAUUACUGAUACACUCAACUAGCCUUAUAGAAUUGCAUCUAAGAGAUUGCAAAAACCUUUCAAGUCUACCUAUUGCAAUUUGUAGUUUGAUGUCUCUAAAAACUCUUAAUUUAUCUGGCUGCUCAAAACUUGAUGAAUUGCCAGAAAAUUUGAGAAAAAUCGAAGGUUUGGAGCAGUUAGACUUGAGCGGGACUGCUAUAACAGGCCUACUUUCAUCCAUUGCUCUCUUAAAAAAUCUCAAAGUACUAUCUGUCUCCGGAUGCAUGGGCCUAUCAUCUAAUAAGCUCACGAGGUUUCCUUUAAUGCAAACUAGAAGAAGUCUAGAUCCCAUGGGCAUGCUAGAGCGUUCUUUAAUAGGCUUAUGCUCUUUGACCGAACUUAAUCUAAGUUAUUGCAAUGUUCAGACAAUUCCUAAUGUUCUUGGGUGCUUGUCAUCGUUAGAACAUUUAAAUCUAAGUGGAAAUAAUUUUGUUUACCUUCCUGAAAGUAUCAUUCAACUAUCUAAUCUGAGAGGUCUUUAUAUGGGUGGUUGCAGUCAUCUUCGAAUGUUGCCCAAGCUUCCAUUAAAUAUUAAUAGUAUUGAUGCAACAGGAUGUACCUCACUGGAAACAUUAUCAUUAAGACCAGAAUCCGAUUUUAGGCCAAAAAUUUGUCUUACCAAUUGCGACAAAUUGAUCAAGAAUCAAGGCUAUGGUGACCUACCUUCAACAAUGCUAAGACACUAUAUCAUUAAUCAGGGUCUGCAAGAUUAUUCUUUUCACAUCGAGAUUCCUGGAAGUGAAAUUCCAAAAUGGUUUAGCCACCAAAAUGUGGGGGGUUCAGUGAAUCUGCAAGUGCCCUCAGAUUUUUUAGGUAAAAAAUCGAUAGGAAUUGCUGUUUGUGCUGUUUUUAUAUUCCGCCAGCAUCAUCCACUUCACCAACUUCAAAUUUACGAUGAUAUAGAUACAAUAGUUACGCAUCGUCUUUUGUGUUUGGUUGAUGGAGAAGGCUUCGAGUGUAUUAGUUUAUCGGAGGAAUUUGGUAAGAUUGAAUCGCAUCAGCUUUGGGUGGAGUAUGUUCCCCCUACACACUUCAUAGCUAAUGGAUUCAAAACUAACGGAUUUAGGCAUAUUGAAAUAUUGAAUAAACUCAAUGCUAACGGAUUUAGCCAAAUUGAAGUUAAAUUUGAAGCCCAUGGUCCCGGCUUGGAGGUUACAAAAUGCGGGGCCCAUCUAGUAUUUGAACGAGACAUUGAAGACAUAAUAAACCAAACUAAGGUUGGGCCUAGCAGUUCCAUCAUCACUCCUUAUGAUGAGGAUGGUUUUGACGAUUCAGAAAAAGAUACCAAAAUUAAGCGAAGCAGUGAUAACUCUGAUGGGGAAGGGGCUGGACCUAGUGGAGAAGCUACCUCUAAUGAUGAACCACCACACCUAAAUCUAAUUGAAAAUUGGUUUGGGAAUUCUGAUUGUGAGGAAGAGGAAUCUCAAUGAAAGUAAUAGCUUUUAUGGAAUCUGCACUGCCGAUUAACUUUUUUUCUCUCUGAUUUUAUUAUAUGAAGAAGUAUUUGGACUUUGUUGGAAAGGAGAAACUGUCGCAUUGUUAGCUGACGAAAAGGCAUGUGGAAAUGAUUGUAUGGUAGUCAUUUUUGUUCAAGUGUGUUGGAUGGUGAAUUGAUGUGGCUGUCCUACAUAUUGCGUGGGUCACUUCCAGAGUGGUUGAAUCAAUACAAUUGCAUUGAAGCUUCCAUUGCUAGCAGUUGCACAAGCUUGACAGUGCAGAAAUGAAGUGCAUCUGUUUCUGGUAAAAAAUUGAAGCUAGAAGAGGAAAGCAUGGUGGAGAAAAGAAAUCGGAUUGCUUUUAUCCAUGGUUGAUUAAAAGAAGGAACAAAUAUGGAGAUGAAGUGCAUCUGUUUCUGGUAAAAAAUUGAAGCUGGAAGAGGAAAGCAUGUUGGAGAAAAGAAAUUGGAUUGCUUUUAUCCAUGACUGAUUAAAAGAAGGAACAAAUAUGGAGGUGAUAAAUAUGUUCACAACCUGUGUAAUUUUGACCAUGUUAAUUUGCUCUCAAAUGUUUUUUUUUUUCUUUUAUGAUUUGAUCCUCUCAAAUGUUUUUUUUUUCUUUUAUGAUUUGAUAGAUAACAGUAACUCAACAAAGAUUGGUAUAUUGCCGAGUUCGUGUUGACUAGCAUAUUGCUUAUUACUAUUUUUUAAUGAGAAAGGGGCUACUCAUUGUUGUUUGAA